UAGCAGACUAAAAAUUUUCAUAGAGAUAUAUACACAUAGUGUCAUCAACGAAUGUGUUAGGUUAAAUUAUACAACUUUUUGCUAAUAUUAACAAAAGUAUAACAAUGUUGGGAAAGAUUAAAACAAAACAAGAGAAAGGAGAGAUCAUUGCAUAUAGUGAAUCUGCUGUUGUAAAUAAUGCUGCAGUAGUAGAAUAUUGUAGGAUAUCAAUGGCAGCAUUAUCAGGUGGCACAGCUGGUUUAUUAGGAUUAACUGGAUUAUAUGGUUUUGGUUUUUACAUUUUUGCUGUAUUUGGAUUAUGGGCAAUGUUAUUGUUAAAAGCUGGAGGUCAAUGGAAAAAAUAUUUUAUAAGUAGACGAAAUCUUCUAACUAGUGGAUUUUUUGGAGGCCUUUUUACAUAUGUGCUGUUUUGGACAUUUUUAUAUGGAAUGGUACAUGUAUACUGAUUAAAAGAAUAUUUAGAUUUAAGGGUUUAUAUUUUUUAACUAAAUAUAUCGUUAACUAAUUAAAUAUAUCACAAACAAUUGCCAGUUACUGGUCAGAGUAAUAAUAUUGUUGAUAAAGCACUAUGUGAUUUAUUGUAUAUGUAUGUACAUAGAACAUUUUCAAAAAUACAUUUAUUUCAUCUGUUCCAUUUGUUUUUUCUCAUUGUUCAUUAUUGUAUUAUCCCUAGAAUAUAAGUAUAUAAUAAUUGUAAAUAUAAUUAAUUUAUAUUUAUUUCUUUAUCUUUAUAAUAUAUGUAUAAUAAGUAACAUGGUAUAUAAACAAUGUAAACAUAAAAAACAUAAAAUCGUAGGAUGAAUUGUCUGAUAUGAUAACACUUUACUUACUGAACACAGUUUUUUUUUUUUAAAUAUUCGAAGCAUCAUUAGAAUAAAAUGCUUUAUUCCAUUAUUAAAAUCAAUAAACGAUAACACAUGUAUAAUCUCAAAAGGAUAAGUUAAACAUUUAAAUUCAGACAAUAAAUCUUAUGUUUAAUUUUCUGUACAAUAUAAUUUUCAAUUAAUUUUUAUCAAUUCUUAAAAUUGCAGCAUCCGCAAAAAAGUGAUUUACAAUGAAUUGCUUUGUACUUAACAUGCUCGCGUUUUUGAUAUUUUGUAUAUCGUUAUAUUAUAUUCGUUUUACAUUUAAUUUUUUAAAAAAUU